UGUGUAUAAGGGAACGAGCUGACAUAAAAUCUGAAAUCGGGAUGGCAGGAUCUCCGGUGGAAAAAAAAUUGAAAUAAAUCGAAAUCCGACUUUAGGGGUAAACAAAAUAAUAAGUAAAAAGUUCUCAUUUUUAAAUAAAUAAAUAAAAAUCCGAAAAUAAUAAUAAAAUAAUAAAUUAAUAUUAUUUUAUUAAAAUAAGUUUUAUUUUAAAUCAUUUUUAAGUAUAUGAAAGUUAAAUUUUAUAAAUUUAACUAAAUUUUAUAGAGCAAUAUAAAUCAAAAUAUAAAUAUGCUUCGUCGUAAAAAGCGUUCACCACGAAGUAAUAGAAGAUUAGCAAGAGCAAUAAUGAAAGCUUUAUUUACUGAUGAGACAAUAAAAAAAAUGGAUAUUUUGAUUGGUUAUUUAGUAGUUGGAUUUUCUUAUCUCAUGUUUAUUGCCAUCCCUAUAUUUGCUUACAUAUAUGAAAUUCACUGCGCUGUUCCUGAAUUCACUUGGUUUAGAAAUCGUUGGCCAUUUGGAGGACAAGAACAGAAUAAUGGAGGAAAUAACGGGGGAAAUAAUGGUGGAGGUGGGAAUAAUGGAGGAGGUGGAAAUAAUGGGGGAAAUAAUGGAGGAGGUGGAAAUAACGGGGGGAAUAAUGGAGGAAAUCAAUUCGGUCAACCAAUACAACCACAAAUACAGCCACAACAAAUGCGCCCACAAAUACAGCCACAACAAAUGCGGCCACAAAUACGACCUCAAAAUAUGAUUGCCCAACCUCGUCCACAACAUAACUUGCCUCAACAUCGUCCACCAAUACCAUGGUUUCAACAUCGGCCACAACAACAGGCCUCUUCAUUUGCCGAUAUUAGUUAUAUGUACUAA